AUGCCUGUCUCUAUCGCAGGAACCAGAUAUUUCUCCCAACCAACCUCAAUUGGUGACACAUUGAGCAAAACCUCGCUGAAAGCUGCCGCCAACGACAUGGGUGCCGAACAUGUGGAACGGGCCCUCGAGGCCGCAAAAGAAGUCAAGGACUCAUACACCAAACAAGAGAAGGAGCCGAUUUCGGCACCGACACUCCCAAAGGACCACCUCAAACAAGGCAUCACCUUCGCGGCACAAGACAAGCUUCCGAAGCUGCCAAUCCCUGACCUUGACGCGACAAUGAAGAAGUAUCUCGAGGCUUUGGCGCCCCUCCAAACGUCGCAAGAGCAUAACGAAACGAGGGCAGCCGUCCGUGAUUUCCUCGAGAACGAAGGGAGGGAUCUGCAGGACCGACUGAAAAAGUAUGCCACCGGCAAGACAAGUUAUAUUGAGCAGUUCUGGUACGAUUCGUAUCUGAAUUAUGAUAACCCCGUCGUCCUCAAUCUGAACCCCUUUUUCCUUCUGGAGGAUGAUCCAACGCCGGCGCGUAACAAUCAAGUCACCCGAGCUGCCUCUCUCGUCAUCUCUGCCCUUUGCUUCGUAAGGGCAGUACGUAAGGAGGAGCUGCCUCCCGAUACCCUGAGAGGUACACCUUUGGAUAUGUACCAGUACUCUCGCCUUUUUGGUACUGCACGGGUCCCCACGGACAGCGGUUGCAUCAUUGGACAGGAUUCAGAGUCUAAACAUGUCGUGGUCAUGUGUCGAGGGCAAUUCUACUGGUUCGACGUGUUGGACGACAAUCACGACAUCAUAAUGACUGAGAAGGACCUCGCGAUCAAUCUGCAGGUCAUUGUCAAUGACGCCGAAGAGAUUCCUAUCCAAGAAGCUGCCCGCGGAGCGCUUGGGGUGCUAAGUACCGAGAACAGAAAGGUUUGGUCAGGGCUGAGAGACCUCCUGACGAGAGACGAAGGGUCGAACAACGCAGACUGUCUUUCCAUUGUCGACUCUGCCUUGUUCGUGAUCUGCCUUGAUUACACUGAACCUGCUGAUGUGUCACAAUUGUGUGGAAACAUGCUCUGCGGCACCAACGAAGUCGUCCGGGGUGUUCAAGUCGGCACGUGUACCAAUCGAUGGUAUGACAAACUCCAAAUCAUUGUCUGCAAGAACGGGAGCGCAGGUAUCAAUUUUGAGCACACGGGCGUGGACGGCCACACUGUCCUCCGCUUCGCUAGCGAUGUCUACACUGACACGAUUCUUCGAUAUGCAAAGUCUAUCAAUGGACAAGCACCCACCUUGUGGACUUCGCAAAGCCCUGACCCCUCGAAGCGUGACCCGGAGAGCUUUGGUGAUGUCAAAACCACUCCCCACAAAUUGGAAUGGGACAUGACUCCGGAGCUGUCAAUUGCCCUUAGGUUUGCAGAAACACGGUUGGCUGAUCUUAUCAACCAAAAUGAAUUUCAGACCCUAGAUUUCUCGGGCUACGGCAAGAACUUCAUCACUUCCAUGGGCUUCUCGCCGGAUGCUUUUGUGCAGAUGGCCUUCCAAGCAGCAUAUUAUGGUCUUUAUGGACGAGUGGAGAACACCUACGAGCCCGCCAUGACCAAAAUGUAUUUCCAUGGUCGAACAGAGGCGAUUCGCUCCGUCACCCCUGAGAGCGUUGAAUUCGUCAAGACCUUCUGGGCGGAUAAUACGCCGCAGAAGAAGAUCGACGCCCUCAAAAGUGCAUGCCAAAAGCACACGGCAAUCACAAAGGAAUCGAGCAAAGCCCAAGGUCAAGAUCGCCAUCUAUAUGCUCUGUAUUGUGUCUGGCAGCGCAAGAUGAACGAUGAGGGAGCAGAGGUUGCAAGCAACGCCGGCUUCAGUUCGAACGGCUAUUCGAGCCCGACAGACCUGAGCGACGCGGGAAGCCCUAAACGACUAGAAGACCCGCCAAUAAGCCCGACUCGCUCCCAGGCUGGUACCGAGUCUAGUCGCUCUCCCGCCCCUGCUCUGCACCAGAUGCCUGCGCUCUUCAGUGAUGCUGGAUGGGAGAAGAUUAAUAAUACAAUCCUCAGCACGUCGAACUGCGGAAAUCCCUCCCUGCGCCACUUUGGGUUUGGCCCCGUCUCGGGUGAUGGUUUUGGCAUAGGUUAUAUCAUCAAGGAAGACUCUAUAUCGGUAUGUGCAAGCAGCAAGCAUCGCCAAACACGACGAUUUGUAGACAGCCUCGAAUCCUACCUAAACGAGAUUCGACGUUUGUUGAAGGCGACGCGACCGAGAGCCAUCUCUGCCGGUAAAUUGACAAGAGCCAGAGAAGCAGAGGAAGUCGGUAAGGACGGUCGCCUGAAGUCUCGAGGCCGUGCCAUCAAAGCCGAAGCCACGAGGGUGGAUGGAACCCAGACGCCUGCUAGCAUGGAAACUGCCGAGGUGGAGGAUGACGGUUUGGGUGGAUACGGCUUCUUCGACGCCGGUAUGUUGUUGCAAGCGCUCAAAAAGGAACCCCCGAAACCUGCAGAGCAGCUGGCCCAAAAGAAGAGGACGGUGGGAAAGAAGCUAGCCUUGACGGAAUAUUGA